AUGGUGAAACCGGGCCAAGCUCUCGCAAAAACGAAGGAAAGUGGCGGUGGGGUUGCUCAAAGGAGUCCACCCCGGGAAACUCCUGGCACCAGUGGACGCCAACCUGGCAUGCAGAUUGCAGCCGGGGAUGAGGCUGAAUCUGGGGCGCAGGCCCCGGGCGGUCCUCCCGUGACACCCACCGCCUUCACGAGGCCUGACCAGAGGCCAGAACCAGCUGCAGCGGGCUAUCGGCAGAGGAAGCUGGCUGCUCGAAUCCUGCAAAGGUUCACCGCAACGCCUGACCUGUGUAGCAAGGCGAAAGAAGAGCAUGUGAAGGAGAUCCUCACAGAAAUCGACUGGGCAAAGGCAGUCCUGCCCGACUACCGCAAGCCGGAGGAGAAGCAGCCGCAGGCGCCCUCCAAAUCCGGGACUUCCGCCAACCUGGGAGCGGGGUGGUUCCAAAAUAACAUCCGCGUUAUAGCAUGCGAGGAUGCUAGAUCAGCGGAGAUCUACAAGAAAACAGUCGCAGGUAUUGGAGAAGUCUACCCUGGUGCGAAGCUCAGGGCGGUCGACUUCAAGGACCUACCGGUGCGACCGAGAGCGGGAGCAUGGUUGCCUUGCAGGCCAGCGGAGCCAGAAAGGAUCGUCCAAACCAUAAGGCUCUAUAACCCGGAGCUACCUACCGAUAAUUGGAAGGUGGUAAAAAUCAACGAAAGCGGUAAAGCGACGUUGCAGGUUGUCCUGCUUCUAAAUAAGGACUCCAUAGAGUUGUUGGAGCAAAAGAGCGGGGUCAUACGUUACGGCAGUGACAUGGCCAAAAUUAAGGUCUACAGCAACGACGUAAACGCAGCGAAGAACCUGAUCGCGGAGGUAGAGCCGGAAGAGGCCAACAGCGACGUGGAGAUGGAGGAAGAAUCCGAGCAGGUUGAUCCGAUGGACGACCUGACCGGGGGUUAUGCCUCAUCGACGUCUUCGCUGGGGGUCGGACGCAUGCUUCGGCUUUAUACGGAGGAGGAGUUGAUCGAGAUGUCGGAAGACGCGGUCAACUCCACCCUAAUAGGCGACGUGGGCGAUAACGGCUAAGAUGGUGAAGGUACUGCAGAUUAACCUUCACCACUGUAAAGCAGCUUCAGCUGCACUGCUGCUCCAUCUAACAGCUAAAGGGGCAGCCGACAUCGUCCUAAUCCAAGAACCUUGGGUGGUGGGACAAAACAUUUGUGGGCUGAAAGCGCCGGGCUACAGACUGCGACGAGGACACAACAGCGGUCAGUCUAAGUGCAAACGGACGACCAAUUAAGAUGGCAUCCAUGUACCUAGCGCAUGACAAGGAGGUGCC